AUGGCUUUUCUAAAGUCGCUGCGUCUGCCGGCGCUCAUCGCCGCCGCAGCGCUGACAUGGACGGCCACCGUCGACGCGAACUCGGCCGCUGACUACUUUGUCCAUGAGCUCCCGGGUGCUCCGGAGGGCCCGCUGAUCAAGAUGCAUGCUGGGCAUAUCGAAAUCACUCCCGAACACAACGGAAACCUUUUCUUCUGGCACUUCCAAAACAAACAUAUCGCCAACCGGCAGCGGACGGUCAUUUGGCUCAAUGGAGGACCAGGAUGCAGCUCUGAGGAUGGCGCGAUGAUGGAGAUUGGACCAUAUCGAUUGAAGGAUAAAGAAAAUCUCGUCUACAAUGAUGGCUCAUGGCACGAGUUUGCCAACCUGCUAUUCGUCGAUAACCCUGUGGGCACCGGUUUCAGCUAUGUCGACACCAACAGCUACGUGACGGAGCUGGAUCAGAUGGCCAACCAGUUCAUUACAUUCUUGGAGAAGUGGUUUGACCUCUUCCCUGAAUACGAGCAGGACGAUCUCUAUAUCGCUGGAGAGUCCUUCGCCGGACAGCACAUUCCAUACAUCGCCAAGGCUAUCGUCGAGCGCAACAAGAAGCCCAACAUCGGCCACAAGUGGAACCUCAAGAACCUUAUCAUCGGCAACGGAUGGAUUGACCCCGACAGGCAGUACGAGGCGUAUCUGGAUUUUGCUUAUCAGAAGAAUCUGGUCCAGAAGGACAGCGAUAUUGCGAAAAAGCUUGAGGUUCAGCACCGGAUCUGCUUGAAGGACUUGGCCGUCGCUGAUGCCGUGGACCACCCGUCGUGCGAGCAGGUGCUGCAGGAUCUGCUGAGGCUGACGGUGAGAUACAAUGCCAAGGGCCAGCAGGAGUGCCUCAACAUGUACGAUGUCCGCCUUCGAGACACCUACCCGUCCUGUGGAAUGAAUUGGCCGCCUGACCUGGAGAACGUGACACCUUACCUCCGUCGCCGCGACGUCGUCGAUGCCCUACAUAUCAACGCUGCUAAGGCUACCGGCUGGGUGGAGUGCAACGGUGCUGUGGGCAGUGCUUUCCGGGCCAAGAACUCCAAGGCCAGCAUCUCAUUCCUCCCAGAGCUUCUUACGGAGGUGCCUAUCACACUGUUCUCCGGAGCCGAAGACCUCAUUUGCAACCAUAUUGGAACCGAGUCCCUGAUCAGCAACAUGCAGUGGAAUGGUGGAAAAGGCUUCGAGCUAUCUCCUGGCAACUGGGCACCGCGUCGUGACUGGACUGUCGAGGGCGAGCCGGCCGGUUUCUGGCAAGAGGCCCGUAACCUGACUUACGUGCUUUUCUUCAACAGCAGCCACAUGGUACCAUUUGACUAUCCUCGGAGAUCGCGAGAUAUGCUUGACCGUAUCAUGAAGGUGGACAUCAGCAGCAUUGGCGGCGAUCCGAUCGACAGCCGUAUCGAUGGCGAGCCCGGGCCCGAGACAACGGUCGGCGGCACGGCGGGCAACACUACCGCCGCGCAGGAGGCAGAGAAGGCGAAGUUGGACGCUGCGAAGUGGGCCGCCUACCAGAGAUCCGGCGAGAUUGUCUUGGUCAUCGUGGCUAUCGCAGCCGUGGCCUGGGGAAUCUUCGUCUGGCGUGAUCGACGGAAGAGGCGGGGCUACCAGGGUCUUUCCACGAGCGGGAACGGCAGUGCUGAGACACACCACAUGUUGGGCAGAAACACGGGCUUGGAGAACUUCCGCAACAAGCGGACGAACAGGGAUAUCGAGGCUGGUGACUUUGACGAGAGCGAGCUGGAUGAUCUGCACCUCGAGACGCCGACGGUGGCGGAGCAUGACAGGAGAUACAGCGUGGGUGAAGACAGCGAGGAUGAUGAUGGCAGCGGGGCCAAGAAGGAAGCUGCUGCCGGUGGCUCGGGUUCGAGGUCAUGA